GAGGAGUUUUAUGUUCACCACACACCCAAUGGCACUAGAAUGUGGUGUCCUAAUGUUCCUAUUGUUUUAAAGCCUGUUGUUGGUUCUGUAUAUGAAACGUGGAACAACGUGUUCAGUAUGUACAAGGACUAUGCUGUUUAUUCUGGGUUUUCUAUUCGUAAGGGGCAAACCAAGAGAUGGAAGGGUUUUGUCACUCACCAGUACAUAAGGUGUACUAAAUAUUCAAAACCACAAAUUAGGCGUAAAACUGAUACCUUGGAGGAGUCAACCUUGACUAUUAGGCAAAGUAAUUUCACAGUGACAGAUUGCAAGGCUAGUAUACUUGUUAAGUUUACUGAGGGCAGCUCUAUGUGCACAGUGGUAGGGUUCCAUGAGCACCACAAUCAUCCCUUUGUUGAGCGUUUUAAUCGUGAUCUAAGUAGGAUUUCAAGGAAACUACCCUUUACAUCCAAACAGUUUAUCCAUAACAUGAGUUUGAACAGAAUUGGUCCAAUUGUUUCUCACAGAGUUUUAGUGUCCCUAAUGGGUGGACAUCACAACGUACGUGGGACGCCAACUGACUUUAAGAACUGGAGCCAGUCGGUUAGGCUUUAUAUUGGUGGCCGUGAUGCGCAACUUGUUAUAGAUCGUUUGAAAGAAAGAUCGGAGAGCUUACCAGACUUUUACUAUGAGUUUGUGGUUGAGAAAGGGCAAUUGAGGUCGAUUUUUUGGGCAGAUGAAAUUUCCAAGAUAAACUACGAGGUGUUUGGUGAUGUGUUAGCUUUUGAUGCGACUUAUCACACUAACAAGUAAGGUUUUGCAAACUGGCACUUUUUCCCCCUUUAACAUAUUAUUACCUUUUGUUUUUUUUCUUUGUCAUGCAGGUACAACAUGAUUUUUGUUCCUUUCACUGGUGUUGACAAUCAUAAAUAAUGUGUAACAUUUGGUGCUGGCUUGUUAUUCAAUGAAACCAUCGAGUCUUACAAGUGGUUACUUGAAUCAUUUCUGAAGGCACACAAGAAGCAACCAAAGUUAGUUCUGACGGACCAGGACCCUUCAAUGAAAGCUGCCAUUUCAGAGGUUUUCACAGACGCUCGGCACCGCCUUUGCAUGUGGCAUAUUAUGAAAAAACUUCCAACCAAGAUUCAUGGAGACCUAUUACAAAACUCUGAGUUAAGGGCAUUGAUGCAUCGUUUGGUGUGGAGUAUUCACAUGAAACCAUCUACAUUUGAGACGCGUUGGCAACUUUUGAUGGAGGAAUAUGGGUUACAAGAUCACGACUGGUUGAAUGAUAUGUACUCAAUUAGGGACCAAUGGGUACCUGCCUACUUCCGUGAUAUCCCAAUGUGUUGUCUCAUGAAGACCACAUCAAGAUGUGAAAGCUCUAACUCAAGCUUCAAGGUCAACUCUACUAGUGCUAACACACUAGUUCAGUUCAUGCUAUGUUAUGAAACUAAGAUAGACAAUCAGUGUUACAGGCAACGUGUUGCAGAGUUUAAAACCUCAUCUAGUGUAUUCAUGGAUAGUACUGAUUUAGCUAUCGAGAAGCACGCUUUUGAGCUGUACACACAUGCAAUUUUCACAGAGGUAAGAAAAGAGAUAUACAAGGGGAAGUUGUUUUGUUACAUUAUAAACAUGGAGGAUUGUGAUGAUGUUCGUGUUUACUAUGUGAAUCAGUUGGACAAGCGAAGCAGUGCAACCAACACAUUCACGGUUAAACUUGAGUUGAGAAAUCAGUCGGUCUCUUGUUCAUGCAACAACUUCAUCCGUAUUGGAUAUCUGUGUAGGCACAUCUUUUGUGUUUACCGGGUAAACAAUAUUGAAAAAAUCCCUGCCCAGUUUGUUGUUAAGCGUUGGACUAGGGACGUGCUUCCCAAAAGUAUAUUUUCUAUUGAGCGUCGAUAUGGCGUUGACACCCGUCCACAAGCUGCUGCGAGAAAUCAGAUUCUUGAGAUUGUAACCGAAUGCGUAGACGCAUUAAGAAGUGAUGUUGGAGGACUUUCUACUUUUGCUGAGCAGAUAAAGGAACUGAAAUCGAAGUUACUAAAUGGAGGACCAGUUGAUGACGAAGCCAAGAAUGAUAACUAUGCUGCUGUUGAAGAAUUGCUUGGUGUUUCUUUAGAUGGGGACGUAACUCUCAACAAUCCAGACGGGAUCAGGAACAAAGGAUGUGGCAAACGUCGACGAGUGUCAAGAGCACCGCAGGAUGGAACGAGCAACUCUGCUGUCAAACCUCCCAAAACACCAAGGCUUUACCGAACAUGUAUGAAGUACGUGACUGGGCAUGAUUCAAGAAAUUGCAAGAAAAAGAAGAAGAAUAAAUCGGGUAACGAGGAUGAGGACUCAAGCUCUGCGAGUCAGGAGUCCACUUGAUUUGGUAUUUAUUUUGAUGUGCGUGCUGUGCGUGUUUUGAAAACUUGUAUGACGCCAGCUUUUUGGUCUCCAUUUUAGUGGAGCGGAACUAAACUUUGAUCA